AUGAAAAUAAAAAAGCUUAAAGUACGUCCAAGAAGAGUUGAACAAAUUGGCCCUUGCAUCGCUGAAAUGGCCGCUGUUUUAACAUGUUGGUCUAAUAGCUCAGUAGAUUCUCCUGCUUGCAUGAAAUCUGUAGAAGCACUUACUGAUUGUAUGCGUAAUUCUCCAAAAAAGUCAAAUCAAUCGAAUACUAUUAAUUAUCAUCUUGCAAGGCUAGGAAAAUAUUUGUGA